AUGGGGCCACAACGGGAGCAUUCGCCCAUGUUCGAUGGAAAAGUCCCACACUGGUACCACUUCUCCUGCUUCUGGAAGGUCGGCCACUCCAUCCGGCACCCUGACGUAGAGGUGGAUGGGUUCUCCGAGCUCAGGUGGGACGACCAGCAGAAAGUCAAGAAGACCGCAGAGGCUGGAGGGGUGACGGGCAAAGGCCAGGAUGCAGGUGGCGGCAAGGCGGAGAAGACGCUGGCCGACUUCGCGGCAGAAUAUGCCAAGUCCAGCAGAAGCACGUGCAAGGGCUGCAUGGAGAAGAUCGAGAAGGUGGGCGCCGGGGCUGGGGCCGCCCGGGUUCUGGCGUCGGCGUGGCGUGGGGCUCGAGGAAGUUUCGAGAAAGCCUGUUCCCAGGCCCUGGGGUACCUGCAGCAGCAGAGGUCCCGUAAGGUGCAUGAGGCCAGUUGCCAGUGCCCUCUGGGCCUCCUGCGAGCGCCCGAGGGCAGUGAAAAGAGGAAAGGCGACGAGGUGGAUGGGAUGGAUGAAGUGGCCAAGAAGAAAUCUAAAAAGGAAAAGGACAAAGAUAGUAAGCUCGAGAAGGCCCUCAAGGCCCAGAACGAGCUGAUCUGGAACAUCAAGGAUGAGCUAAAGAAAGCGUGUUCGACAAAUGACUUAAAAGAGCUGCUCAUCUUCAACAAGCAGCAAGUGCCCUCCGGGGAGUCGGCGGCCGACGGUACCUGCCGCCUGUGCGGCGUCACAGAGUCCCGGAGCCGAGUGAGACCGCAGCCCGAGGGCCGCGGCCAGAGUCGAGGGCGCCUCCGUAGCUCGGCCCUCCGGGGUCGCCCAGGACCCGCCUGGCUCCGUGGGCCUUCUGCGGCCCCUCCGCCGCCCUUGUCCCCCUCGAGUACCGUGCCCCCCGCCCCCGCACGCACGCGCACUUCCACGAAGUCUUCAGCCCCCGGCAGUAGGGAACCGAGCACGCCACGUUCCCCGAGCCCCACAGCGCGCCGGCCACAAGGCUUCGCGUGCGCCCUGCGUCCUCGGCCCUGGCUGCCUGAGCGGGUCACCACCUCCGAGGAGCCCGCCCUCCCAGAGCUCCUGUGUGGGUCACGUCGGCCUCGGUGGCGUUCACUGAACCCGGGGGUAGCAGGGACGGGCCUUGAGCGAGGGACACAGGAGUGCGGCCGCUGUGAGUCGCCCGGGAUGGAGACGGACCGUGCUUGGGACAGGAUCCGUGGGGACACCGUCAUCGGGCUCUCUGUGGCCACGGAAUUCCGAGAAAUCUCUUAUCUCAAAAAACUGAAGAUCAAAAAACAGGACCGAAUAUUUCCACCCGAGACCGGAGCCCCGGCGCCGGCACCCCCACCCUCCGCGGCCUCGGCGCCCACUGGCGUGAACAGCUCCGCCCCAUCAGAUAAGCCGCUGUCCAACAUGAAGAUCUUGACUCUGGGGAAGCUGUCCCGGAACAAGGAUGAGAUGAAGGCCAUGAUCGAGAAACUCGGGGGAAAGCUGACGGGCACAGCCAGCAAGGCAUCCCUGUGCAUCAGCACCAAAAAGGAGGUGGAGAAGAUGAGCAAGAAGAUGGAGGAGGUGAGGGAAGCCGGCGUCCGCGUGGUGUCUGAGGACUUCCUCCAGGACGCGUCCGCCUCCACCAGCAGCCUGCAGGAUUUGCUCUCGGCCCACGUCCUGGCCCCCUGGGGGGCCGACGUGAAGGCGGAGCCCAUGGAGGCCACGGCCCCCAAAGGGAAGUCGGGGGCCGCACUGCCCAAGAAGAGCAAGGGCCCCGCCAAGGAGGAAGUGCUCAAUGGCACCGUCCUUGGACGGCACCUGCUCCAGCUUGUUGCUGCCAAUCACGGUGCCCACGCGGCCCCAGGACCUGAAUAUCCAAUUUUUAAGAUUGAGCGUGAAGGCGAGAGCCAGCGCUAUAAGCCAUUCAAGCAGCUGCGGAACCGGCGGCUGCUGUGGCACGGAUCCAGGACCACCAACUUCGCCGGGAUCCUGUCGCAGGGGCUCCGCAUCGCCCCGCCUGAAGCGCCCGUGACCGGCUACAUGUUUGGUAAAGGGAUCUACUUCGCCGACAUGGUGUCCAAGAGCGCCAACUACUGCCACACGUCCCAGGGAGACCCCAUAGGCCUGAUUCUGCUGGGAGAAGUUGCCCUUGGAAACAUGUACGAGCUGAAGCAUGCCGCGCAUAUCAGCAAGUUACCCAAGGGCAAGCACAGUGUCAAAGGUUUGGGCAAGACGACCCCCGACCCUUCGGCUAGCAUCACCAUGGAUGGCGUAGAAGUUCCCCUUGGGACGGGGAUCCCGUCGGGCGUCAACGAUACCUGUCUGCUAUAUAACGAGUACAUUGUGUACGACGUCGCUCAGGUAAAUCUGAAGUACCUGCUGAAGCUCAAGUUCAACUUCAAGACGUCCCUGUGGUGAGCC